GAACCAGCUUUACUGAACUGAUAUCCAGGAAGAAAAGAAGAAUCGUGAAUCAACAUGAAAAGACUCUGUGUACGUGAAGAGGCAUUCAUGUCGCCAUAGUGAACGUCACACCAUACUGAUAAAGUACUCGCGCAAGUUCAAGACAUUCCAACGAUGUGACAACGACGUUUAAACGACAAUUUUCUCGUUAUGUUGAUAUAUGUAUCGAGCUAGCAGCUUAAAGGAUGGAAGAAUUGUACUGCUGGACGAGUUCACGUGAUUCGUAACUUUGGUAGCGGUGAAACGACUCACCGUUGCAAAUUCCUCUCGUUACGCAAAUAUGAAUAAAAAUCACGCGAACAAGAGACUGAAUCAGCUGCCAAGUUGGUUAUGGACAAAUUCAACCACCUUACCGCCGGUUUAUAAGAUGGUUUGGGAAGCCGUGCGAGAAGAUCGCGUCAGGUCAAACGGUAUGCAGUCCGAGCUGUUAGUCGAUACCAACAAGGUUUUUCCGCUGUUGCUUACCAGCCAACUUCCCACGGAUGUCCUUGGUCACAUAUGGAGCCUGGCUAAUCAAAAAUAUGCCGGACAACUCACCGAGCAAGAGUUGUAUAUUGUAUUAGCCCUUGUGGCUGCUGCUCAGACAUCCUAUACCUUCAAUAGUCUCGAUAUAUUACAUUUACUUCCUUUUCCGCCGACGCCGUAUUUGAACAUAGAAUGCUUGAUGAAUUUGCAAACCACUGCGCAAGUAAAUAUGCCAAAGCACCAGUACUUUGCUAACGAAGAGGCCCAACUUGGUAAUACAGAUAAUACAGAAGGAAAAUGUAUUUUCGACACUAAGGGAAAAACUAAAGUUAGAAUCCAUGGAAAUAUGAUGGCUGACGUGUCCUCAAACAAUCUGGGAAACUCGCCCUGUUUUAAUACCAAGAUGUCUAGCGCGGCUGGAAACAAUUUUAAUAAUAUGUUUAAAGAUGCCAAGCAAUCGUCCAAUAUUCAAGCUGAUGUACCAUCCGAUGCAUCGUCCUUUGAUGAUUCCUAUGAUGAGUUUACAGAAUUUCAGAGUGCACCGAUCGCUAGUGUCUCUACAAUACCGAAUUGGGAUAGUAAACAAGGUUCUGCGAUCGGCAGCAGGCUUGCUAAUCACAAUUUAGGAGUGAAGAAAUCAGUCGCAAAGAAAGCCGGCACAAGACCAGUUAAUACACAAAUUCGUACAACUGCGUCCACAAAUAUUCUCUAUCAAAGUAAAGAUCAGUCUGCGAUGGAAUCUGUGACGGAUCUAUUUCCUAAAUGUGCAAUAAAGAAUCAAUCUAAAACUGUAAUACUCAAGGAUACUGCAAUAAGAAAUAAUGAAAUGCCUAAUGAUUAUAACAAUAGUUUUAAUAAUUUGGCAAACAUGACCAUACAUCCUAGUAGCGACAAAGAGAUAUUACCUAAAGCGGAGUUAACACCAAAGGCUGUCAUGUUAGACAUGUCUGAUUCUUCUCAACAAGAUUUAAUGAGCUUGCAACUUGUUGAAGAUAAAUAUGGUGCAUUGCGUGCAUUAGUUCAGGAAACAUCUGCAAAUGAUACAAACUUAGAUCUGACUCCUAAUAAUCAGUCGACUGAUGAAUUCGGAGAAUUUAUGUCUGCGGAACAACCGACUGUUAAUCUCUCAAUAUCCGAUACUUUGGAUACCGAAAGCUUUAAUAAUGUAUUUGCAGAUGUUGAGCCCAAGGCUCAUAUUAAUGUUGAUAACGGUAGUUUGGCAGAUCUGAACUUUGUGUCUGAAUUGUUCGAUAAUCUGAAACUUGAUGACGGAAUUGAGUCAGGGAAAAAUAUUCCAAAAGAGGAUGCUAUUUCGAUAAAUAGUGUAGAACUGAUUAGCGGUCCAUCCGAAGCACUGCCAAGAUCUGGAUCUGUGCCUAGCUUAGAUCUUAAAUCAUUUUUACCCUCAAAUAUAGAAGAAGAUCAAGUUGUAGAAUUUCCACAGCAGAGUAUGUACUGGGAAUGGAAACAAUAUAUGGAAAGUUGUGUAUUGCUGUUACAAGUUGCAGCUAAUAUAUUUACCAAUAUUACAUCUGAAUUAGUCCUACGCGAAGUUUUAAAUUCAGCACAGGGAUAUAAUUUUCUUUGCUAUUUAGCUGAAGUUGCAGCUGUUUGUAGACGAGUCAAUUUUUCGUACAAAGAACUGGAUAUAAACAUUAUUGGAUUCGAUGAUCUUUUAAUGGACAUUGAUCGAAUUUGGGCUGAAAUGGAACCUUUUUAUGCGAAUAUACCUAUUGUAACCGAGUUACCAGCUUGGCCAUUACGCCAGGGAGAAUGUAUGUCUUGCUCUUUGUGUUUAACAGUUAUUACAAGUGGUCGAGUUGUUUAUAACGAUAAUAAUUAUCAUUUAACAUGCGCAAACUUAUGGCUCAAUUGUGUAAACAAUCAAUUGCCAGUCAUGCGAUAUUCGUUACUUUAUCAGUCAAAUACCCAUAUCUGUCCAGGAAGUCACAUUUAAUGUCAAUCUAUAGUGUGUGUGUGUGUGUGUGUGUGUGUGUGUGUGUGUGUGUGUGUGCGCGCGCGCGCGCGCGCGUGUGUGUUUGCAAUAUACUCAAAUUUAAAUAUACACAUGUAAGAAUAAACAUGUAAGAAUUUUAAGUUGAAAUCAUAUCACUAAUAUUAAAAAUAACUUGUGGAAAUAUCUCUAGGGAAAGCUUGGAUAUAAUUUCAAUUAAUUUAGCAGAAGCAUAUAUAUGUACAUCAACAAUGCAAUACAAAAUUCAAUAUUCAUCAUGAUAAUAUAUAAAAAUGAGUAAUUUUUUUAUUAUCUGGAUAUUCUAAACCGUUCUCGGUUCCCGUGAGAUACAGGUAGAACGAGUGAAACUGAGUAGAAAUGUCAUGUUUUGCAAAAUUCGCAAUAGUCAGUGCGUUCCCGUGCGUUCAUUAACUCAGACAAAAUAAUCAAUUCCUAACUAUGGGACAGCUUGUAAAUAUGAUAUCUAUAUAUGUGUACAUACACAGUGUUUCGUUUUAUUUUUAACAGUAAAAUUUCUUGAAAUCAUGAGGUUUUAGAAACAAAUGUUUCAGACAAAGGUUGUAGGAUUUAGAGAGGGACGUAAUAUCGUGACCUUUAAUCGGAUGGCGUAUUUCAGGAUCGUUUCCGAGUCAAUUUCGUUUUUUUUUUUAAUGGAACCAUUCUUUUAACACAAUCGAUUUCUUUUUUCAUUCUGCAUGUAAAAGUACCUGAAUAAAGUCACCGAAAAGUGAAUAA